AUGCAGCUGCUCGUGGUGGUGGUUGCGCUCGGGGCAGGGUUUGCCAUCGGCCGCACCAGCACGCGGCAGAAUCCGCCGCGCGACCUGUUUCCUGCGGGCUCCACGACGACCAAGGCCGACCUGCGUGCGAGCUCGUUCAAUGCGCCGGCCGACUACGCUCUGUUCCAGCGGUGUGUGAAGAAACUCCAAAAAGAGCUCAACCUGAGUAGCGACGACGUGGACGAGGAAUUGUGGCGGGUCAUGGCGGAAAAACCCGGCUUGGGCUCUGUUCUGUGGUCUCACAAGGACACAGACACGGCGAAACAGUACCGGAUCCGGCCCAGGGACACCGAACAGUUUGCGCUAGUGAUGAAGCUGGCACAGCUGUACCGCGUGCCGGUGCAUGUCGGAGUGCCCUUUGACGGGUACCCCAGGGACCGGUACGGGCUGACCGUGGACCUGGGCGGAAUGGACCGCAUUCUGGCGUACAACGAGCGCACAAACACCGUCACGUGCGAGUGCAACGCGGACGUGGGCUCGUUUGCGAACAGCCGCGGGCUGAGCGCGAUGAACGCUGCGCGGCCGCUCGACCUGGCGCUCUCCUGGCUGGUUCGCGACGGUCUGCGAGAUGGAGCUCGCGCUGGAGCCGCGCACGGACGCGUGUGUGGUGCUGUGCCGGACGCAGAACGUGGACCGGCUGGUCGAGUUGGCCGACCACGCGGCGUCGCCGCUCACGUACGUGGGCAACUUUGGGUUUGCGCACUGCGCGUUGCCGACGGGAGAGAGCGUGGGCGCGUUCAAAACGGACAGAAAACAGGCGGACAAGCUGGUGAAAAUGGCCCGGCGGCUCGGCGAAGCUCACGCAGCGGUGCCUGUCUGCGAACUGCAUCCGCGGACGCCCAGCGAAGUCAGCCCCGUGACAAACAGCUCCGCGAAGCUCGUGGUGAGCGAGGACUUUGCGCAGGCCCGGCUGACCGAGCUGGCCGGUGCAGGCGUGCUGCUGAACGACGGGCCGGAGUGGGACGCUCUGCGGCGGCUGAAGCUGGCGACCGACCCCAACAAAGUGCUCAACCCAUCUGA